AUGUUGGAUUGCCAAGUGUGUGCUGGGACUGAGAACAAGCUGAGCUCCCUCUCUGACCUGGAGCAGCAGUACCGGGCCCUGCGCAAGUACUAUGAGAACUGUGAGGUAGUUAUGGGCAACCUGGAGAUCACCAGCAUUGAGCACAACCGAGACCUCUCCUUCCUGCGGUCUAUCCGAGAAGUCACAGGGUACGUUUUGGUGGCUUUGAAUCAGUUUGAAUACCUUCCCUUGGAGAACCUGCGCAUCGUCCGUGGGACCAAACUCUACGAAGAGAGAUAUGCUUUGGCUAUAUUUCUUAACUACAGAAAGGAUGGGAACUUUGGACUCAGGGAACUUGGCUUGAAGAACUUAACAGAAAUACUGAAUGGAGGGGUGUAUGUUGGCCAGAACAAAUUUCUUUGCUUCGCAGACACCAUUCAUUGGCAAGAUAUCGUGCGUAACCCUUGGGCCUCCAACUUCACUUUGGUUCCAACGAAUGGCAGCUCAGGAUGUGGUCGAUGCCACAAGUCCUGCACAGGCCGAUGCUGGGGACCCACAGAGAAUCACUGCCAGACCUUGACGAAGACGGUGUGUGCAGAGCAGUGUGACGGACGGUGCUACGGGCCCUACGUCAGUGACUGCUGCCACCGCGAGUGUGCCGGAGGCUGUUCCGGGCCUAAGGACACUGAUUGUUUUGCCUGUAUGAAUUUCAAUGACAGUGGAGCAUGUGUCACGCAGUGCCCCCAGACUUUUGUCUACAACCCUACCACCUUCCAGCUGGAGCAUAAUCACAAUGCCAAGUACACCUAUGGGGCUUUUUGUGUCAAAAAAUGCCCACACAACUUUGUGGUGGAUUCCAGCUCUUGUGUCCGUGCAUGUCCUAGUUCCAAGAUGGAGGUUGAAGAAAAUGGUAUUAAGAUGUGCAAGCCCUGCACUGACAUUUGUCCUAAAGCGUGUGAUGGCAUUGGGACAGGGAGUUUAGUGUCAGCUCAGACGGUGGAUUCCAGCAACAUUGACAAGUUCAUAAACUGUACCAAGAUCAAUGGCAACCUUAUCUUCCUUGUUACUGGGAUUCAUGGGGACCCAUAUCACACAAUUGCUGCAAUCAAUCCAGAGAAACUAAAUAUUUUCCAAACUGUGAGAGAGAUAACAGGGUAUUUGAACAUACAGUCAUGGCCUGAGAACAUGACAGAUUUCAGGGUGUUUUCUAAUUUGGUUACUAUUGGUGGAAGAGCUCUCUAUAGUGGCCUUUCCUUACUCAUCCUGAAGCAGCAAGGCAUUACCUCUCUGCAGUUUCAGUCCCUGAAGCAAAUCAGUGCUGGCAACAUCUACAUAACAGACAACAGCAACCUGUGCUACUACCACACUGUCAACUGGACCAGCCUCUUCAGCACACCCAGUCAGAAGACAGUGAUUCAUCGAAACAAAAAGGCAGAGAACUGCACUGCUGAUGGAAUGGUGUGUAAUGAGUUGUGCUCAAGUGAUGGCUGUUGGGGGCCAGGCCCAGACCAGUGUCUCUCUUGCAAGCGCUUCAUCAGAGGAAGGACCUGCAUAGACUCCUGUAACCUGUAUGAUGGGGAAUUCCGAGAGUUUGCAAAUGGUUCUGUCUGCAUGGAGUGUGAUCCCCAGUGUGAAAAGAUGGAAGAAAACAUGAUCACGUGCUAUGGGCCGGGACCUGACCACUGCACAAAGUGUUUCCAUUUUAAGGAUGGUCCAAAUUGUGUGGAAAAAUGUCCUGAUGGCUUACAGGGGGCUAACAGCUUUAUUUUCAAAUAUGCUGAUGAAGAACGUGAGUGCCAUCCAUGUCAUCCAAACUGCACCCAAGGGUGUAGAGGUCCCGCUAGUCAUGACUGCAUUUACUAUCCAUGGACACGACAGUCCACUUUACCACAACAUGCUAGGACCCCUCUGAUUGCUGCUGGAGUUAUUGGUGGCCUCUUCAUCAUUGUCAUCGUGGGCCUGACGUUUGCGGUGUAUGUUCGGCGCAAGAGCAUUAAAAAGAAGAGAGCACUGAGAAGAUUCCUGGAGACUGAGCUUGUGGAACCUCUGACUCCAAGUGGCACAGCACCCAACCAAGCACAGCUUCGUAUCCUGAAGGAGACUGAGCUGAAGAGAGUCAAGGUUCUGGGCUCUGGAGCCUUUGGAACUGUAUACAAGGGCAUUUGGGUCCCUGAGGGUGAAACUGUAAAGAUCCCUGUGGCCAUUAAGAUCCUCAAUGAGACCACUGGGCCAAAAGCCAACGUGGAAUUUAUGGAUGAAGCUCUUAUCAUGGCCAGCAUGGACCACCCCCACCUGGUGAGACUCCUGGGUGUCUGCUUAAGCCCAACCAUUCAGCUGGUCACUCAGCUGAUGCCUCAUGGCUGCCUGUUGGAUUAUGUUCAUGAGCAUAAGGAUAAUAUUGGCUCCCAGCUUCUGCUGAACUGGUGUGUUCAAAUAGCUAAGGGAAUGAUGUACCUGGAAGAGAGGAGACUUGUCCACCGGGACUUGGCAGCUCGUAAUGUCUUGGUGAAAUCACCAAACCAUGUGAAGAUUACUGACUUUGGGUUGGCCAGACUUUUGGAAGGAGAUGAGAAGGAGUAUAAUGCUGAUGGUGGAAAGAUGCCAAUUAAGUGGAUGGCUCUGGAGUGCAUACACUACAGGAAAUUUACCCAUCAGAGUGAUGUUUGGAGCUAUGGAGUGACUAUCUGGGAGCUUAUGACCUUUGGUGGGAAGCCCUACGAUGGAAUCCCAACUCGAGAGAUCCCUGACCUCCUGGAGAAGGGAGAGCGGUUGCCCCAGCCUCCCAUCUGCACUAUUGAUGUUUAUAUGGUGAUGGUGAAAUGCUGGAUGAUUGAUGCGGACAGUCGGCCAAAAUUCAAGGAGCUGGCUGCUGAAUUUUCUAGAAUGGCUCGAGACCCUCAGAGAUACCUAGUAAUUCAGGGAGAUGAUCGUAUGAAGCUCCCGAGCCCAAAUGACAGCAAGUUCUUCCAAAACCUUCUCGAUGAGGAAGACCUGGAAGAUAUGAUGGAUGCUGAAGAGUAUCUUGUUCCUCAAGCCUUCAACAUCCCUCCACCCAUCUACACCUCCAGGACAAGAAUUGAUUCCAACAGGAACCAGUUUGUGUAUACAGAUGGUGGCUACGCUGCUGAAGUGCCCAUGCCGUACAGAGCUCCUGGCUGCAUAAUACCAGAAGCCCCAGUUGCCCAAGGGGCAACAGCAGAGAUCUUUGAAGACAGUUGCUGUAACGGCACGCUACGAAAACAAGCAGCAACCCUGGCAAAAGAGGACAGCAGCACCCAGAGGUACAGCGCUGAUCCCACCGUCUUCAUCCCUGAGCGGGUUGUCCGGGGAGAGCUGGAUGAGGAUGGGUACAUGACACCGAUGCGAGACAAACCCAAAACAGAUUACCUAAACCCAGUGGAAGAGAACCCAUUUGUUUCCCGACGAAAGAACGGAGAUCUCCAAGCUGUGGACAACCCGGAGUAUCACAAAGCUCCGAAUGGGCAGUCCAAAGCAGAGGACGAGUACGUGAAUGAGCCAUUGUACCUCAACACUUUUGCAAACACCCUGGAAAACACUGAGUACCUGAAGAACAAUUUGCCAGAGAAAGCCAAGAAGGCCUUUGACAACCCAGACUACUGGAAUCACAGCCUGCCCCCGCGAAGCACCCUCCAGCACCCGGACUACCUACAAGAUUACAGCACAAAAUACUUUUACAAACAGAACGGACGGAUCCGGCCCAUUGUGGCAGAGAAUCCCGAAUACCUCUCCGAGUUCUCCCUGAAGCCCGGCACUGUGCUGCCCCCACCGCCCUACAGACACCGAAAUACAGUGGUGUAGUGACCACUGGCAGAUGGAAGCGGAACGGCAGCAACUUCUGGCUGCCUCGCUCUUUCACUCUCCUUCUCUCUCCCUUCCCUCCCUUUCUCCCAUGAGCUUCCUCUUCUCGCCGGUUCAUUCUUUUUUGACAUUUCCAAGGGAAAGAACGUCUUGGACUCAUUCGCAGAUUGGGUUGGGUACCUGGAAGGAAG